AUGGAAUCAUAAUUAAGUGUGAAUUUAUAGGUAAACGUAAUAAAGUGUUUUAAGUGUUUCCCAGCGAGAUAUAUUCAGUUGCUGGCCACUGCAAGGCCAUUGGCCAGCCAGGUGCCAGCCCAACAGUCUCCGCUGCUGGCCCUGGGCGUCAACACCUUUGACCUGCUGACCCAGCUGGCGAGGGGGGCGUACACCCCUCACUACAGCCUGCAGUCACCCGCCUCACUUGUGCCUUCCUGAAGGAGGCAGGGCAGCCACCAAGCCUGUGGUUGGCUCACAGGAAGCCCCCAGAGCAUAAAAGUGACGAUGCAGGGGCAUCAUUGCAGCCCUAGAGAGGAAGAGGAACAUGGCUGAAGACUUGGUUAAAAGAUUAGUCAAAUAUAGGGUUGAAACAGAUCUUUAAAGUGUUCACAGCAAUUCGGCUUUCAUUUGUAAACAAAGAGCAGACAGCUAGGAAGAUGACACCAGCAGCGGCAGGCGGCGACAGGCGGUGUGACAUCGGAGGUGUGACAUGUGCUGCGUGUCACGCAACCAAACUCAAGUGGAACAUGCACUGUUACAUGUACCAGAUUAUCGGACACGCCUAACAAGUCUGGCGCCAUUCGUAAAGCAACAAAACUGCUUGUCUUGAAAGAAAGUCCAGUGACAGAGACAACCUUGGCCAGUGUUGUGUUCGCUUCCUGACAGGGCGGGGAUUGUGACCAGGAAUUUGUCCAGCUUCCUCUUUGCUUUGGAAAAUGCAUUCCUGGCUGAGUGUGGUGCGUGUGCCUGCUACUUGUGUGGUGGUGCUGCUGCUGCGUGAAGCCUCUGCCGUGGGAACCCACCACAAAUAGCUAAUGAUUCUGUAUGACGGGAUCAGCAGCAGACAGAAUUCCAGUGAUGUAUUAACAUGCUAGGGACAGCCUUGGUGGCAUCCAUUACUGGCAGAAGGCCCAAUGUGCUGAGUGACAGGGCAGCAUGACCUUGCACAUCAGAGGGUCAGUAUGGCUGGGCAAGGUCACCUAAUAUUGAGACAGUAGCUCCUCGUUGGUCACUGCCAGGUUCUGUUUUGGAUCUUCACGGCAAUUUCCACACCAGCAAACACUACAAGCUUGACUACACUAAUCCUGUCUCCAGUGAAGCUAAGAGUGGGAGUGUUCUUACCAAGGCCUUUGUUGGAGGCAUCCCCUGUGAUACAGUGGACGAGAACCUGGAGACACACUGACAAGGGAGAAGGUUACUUGUCGCUCCAAGGCUAAGCUGGUUGGCCCCAUGAAUGCCACUGUCUACGUUACUGGAAGAGGGGCAUCUGAAGUGACCAAGACAGGAAUGUAUGUGGACUCCCAGGACAGAUUGUACCAGUUCCAUACAUAUGCUGGUAUGCACAAUGUGAGUCCUCUCAGGGCGGCACGCUGUUCACUAUUGAUGGUGUUGGCUUUGACCCAUACAAGGAGCAGACCAAGGUGUUGGUGGGGGGUGCUCAGUGUGCCAUCCAGGACAUCACUGAUGAGCAAAUCCGGUGCCUCACUCCAACCCAAGGGAAGGCCUCGGCUGGCUCAGGUGAGCGCAGGUUACUUGUUGAGCUGUACCAAGGGGAAUACUUUGAGUCCAACUUCCUGGAGGAGACAAGCUGGGCAGCCCUGUCUCCCUCCCAUGCUGGUUACAAGGCUUUUGUCCCUCAAGAUGCUGAGCUCGAAGUUUCCCAUUGAGGUGACCCGGGAUACUGUGGGCACUCUGAAAGGGUACCUACAUCCACCACAUGAUGGGACCUACUCUCUAUCAGUUCAGGUUGGUGAGCGGAUGCUUGUGAUGCUGGCAGCCAAUGGAGAUUCAGACAGCGAAUUUGAAGUUAUGCAGUGGCAAGAAUUUGAACUUAAGAAGGGAACACCUGCUUAUUUAGAGAUACGGUUCCAGACUAGAGCUACAACAGACUUUACUCUUGCUAUGAAGGACUUCCACACAAAGUUCACCAGGAGAAGCACCCCUCGGGCCGUUAACGAGAGGCAGCGAGUGACCCUGGACAUCAUACAGAGGUGGGAGGUGCAGCACAUUGAAAUACGAGGCACAUCUCCUGUCACUGGUGUGCUCUACCUGGACAGGAUGACGUCGCCUGUCAUUGAUAUUGCUGACCUUGCACAGGUUCGAGAGCAGCUGCUGGACAUGACAGAGCAGAAAUGCCACGUGUACCUCAGUGGGAUCCAGACCAUGCACUACAGAACAUUUGAAGACAAGAUAGGACUUCCAGGAAUGCUUGGCACUGUAGUAGGGGAUGUGGAACCCUUCUGUGGGAGGAAAGUCUUCAGGUUGUCAAGAAAUUAGCCAAGAAUCUUCAGGGAGGCUGCAUCAAACAGUAUGAUCAACGCUAACACCUUACUUACAGGUUUGCUUUGCUGUGAGGGGCAACAUGCAGGGCUCCAUGUCAGUCCAGUACCUGGUGAGGGACAAGGAGGGCAAUGAGGAGGAGGAGACUGUGCUACUGGAGUGUUCUUUUCCAGCCAACCAGUAGGAUGUUAGAAUGAAAAGUGUUCUGUGUAGCUCUGUCCAUGCUGAGUGUUCUGUAGCAUGAAGAAAAGGAAUACAAGAGUGAGGAGGUAAAGAUGAAGCUCCACACACUCAACAUGCCCUGCCAACCACUGGUGGAAAGAGACAGUCUUGUGGACCACCUUAUUACAUCCCAGGAGCUUCAGCAUAGCACAGCUGGCCAUGUACAUCCAUAGCAAGGCCUGGCAG